AGCCCAAACCAAAUAAACCCAUUUAUUUAUAUUUUUUUCCCUCUAAACGCUGCGUUUUGAUGUUUAUCUCUGUUGUUGUAUUCGUUGGCCGCCUAUCCGAAAGCGUCUUUCCGCCGUCAAUGGAGCUUCUCCUCUCCUUCCGCUCCGCCGGAGUUCACCUCCUCCGCCGCGCCGCUCCGAUCAUAACGCGAACCAACAGACUAACCAAACCCACCUCUAAAAAUCUAACCUUUCUCUUAUUCUCCUCCUCCUCCUCAGCUGCUAAAACCCCUCUUCUUAAACCCCAAGCCACGUCAGAGAAGGGCUCUUUUGUUUUCAAGGGAGACGAGCGUAUGAGAGGUCCUCUGAGCAGCAACGACGCGUUCGAGAACCAGUUUCAGAGCUCGAGUACUAUCGCGGCUAUCGUGACGCCGGUCGGUGGGCCACCUGGCGCGGUUGGGAUCGUGCGGUUGUCGGGGGAUAAGGCUGUGGAAGUUGCUGGACGAGUGUUUCGUUCUGCUAAGAGGAGGAGGAAGGAGGAGGAGAGUGAUUGUUCUGAAGAUUCAUGGAGGCCAAGGAGUCAUUUCGUGGAGUAUGGAGUUGUUGUUGAUUCAAAGGGCAGUGUUGUUGACGAGGUUUUAGCUGUGCCUAUGUUGGCUCCUCGGUCAUACACAAGGGAAGAUGUAAUUGAGCUUCAGUGUCACGGUAGCGAAGUUUGUCUGCGGCGUGUCUUGAGAGCAUGUGUUGAUGCUGGAGCAAGAUUAGCAGAACCAGGAGAGUUUACACUUCGUGCGUUUCUAAAUGGGCGUUUAGACCUUACACAAGCUGAAAACGUUGAGAAACUUAUCUCAGCCAAGUCUUCUGCUGCUGCAGAUGCCGCUUUAGAAGGGAUUCAGGGAGGGUUUUCGUCUUUGGUCAAAUCACUAAGAGCGCAAUGCAUUGAGCUACUCACUGAAAUUGAAGCUCGUUUGGAUUUCGAUGACGAGAUGCCUCCAUUGGAUACAAACUUGGUUAUAAGCAAAAUAAAGAAAAUGUCUGAAGAUGUAGAGAGUGCGUUAGAUACAGCAAACUAUGACAAGCUUCUUCAAACCGGGUUGCAGGUAGCUAUUAUUGGGCGUCCGAACGUGGGGAAAUCGAGUCUUUUGAAUGCUUGGAGCAAAAGUGAGAGAGCCAUUGUUACGGAAGUUGCUGGAACUACACGUGACGUAGUGGAAGCUAGUGUUACACUCCGUGGCGUGCCUGUCACUCUUCUUGACACUGCUGGUAUCAGAGAAACCAACGACAUUGUCGAAAAAAUAGGAGUUGAGAGAUCAGAAACAGCAGCUAAACUUGCUGAUGUAAUAAUCAUGGCGGUGAAUGCUGUUGAAGGCUGGACUGAAGAAGACACUGAGCUUCUACAUAAGAUACAAUCUGACAAGCCUAUGAUUCUGGUGAUGAACAAAAUCGACUGUGCUACUCCUGAACAACUGGAAGAUAAGAAGGAAGAAGCUUUCCAUAGAUCUGUAUUUACAUCUGCUGUUACUGGUCAAGGAAUUGAAGAGCUUGAAGAAGCAAUACUGGAGAUUCUUGGUCUUGAUCGGGUCCCUACUGGAGGACAUCAAUGGACAGUGAAUCAGAGACAAUGUGAGCAACUGGUGCGGACGAAAGAGGCGUUAGAGAGGCUGAGAGAAGCAAUCAAAGAUGAGCUUCCGAUUGAUUUCUGGACUAUUGAGCUUAGAGAAGCUGCUUUGGCUCUUGCUCAGAUCAGUGGCCAAGAUGUCUCUGAAGAGGUCUUAUCCUCCAUUUUUGCCAAGUUCUGUAUUGGUAAAUAAUAAAAUUCAUUGCUGCUUCAACUUAUGUUAGUGUCUACAUACAAAACAAUAUAAGCAAAAACUAAUAUAUUGAGGUCAACUUCAAAUUUUAUUUUAAUGGAAAAGAAGUAAAUACGUGUGGGAUUUAA